AUGGAAACUGUUUUGCAGCCAAAAGCUAGACCAUUUGAGUCUUUGAAAAGGAGGCGUUUUAGAGAAUGGUUAAGGCCGUCGACUGCACAUGGAUCCUUGUUGCAUUCUGAUGCAUUAGAUUUGCGCGACUUUGCAAAACCUAAUCCUACUGAGACAUUUUCUAAUUUAAAUCCUGCUCAUGGACCUUUGGUCACAACUCCAAUAAAAUACAAGUGCCAGGAUGGAAAGAGUUCUUUCUUCCGUGGAGACACUAAAUUCGAAACUCUGUUCAGUAAUAGAAAAUUCUACGAGUUCAAAGAUAAUUUAAAAAGAGGAUUGAAGAAAAUACGUCAUGGGAGAAAUGGACAUCAAAACGAAAAGAGUUGUCCAGCAGCCGAAGAAACAAAAAAGUCAGAGCCAGGUAAUAUGUACAAGGCAGACGAUGAUACACCCUGUUUUAAUAGAUUUCAUACGAAUUCGAAGGAAUUUGAAACGCAAUUUGAUUAUUCAAAUAAAAGCCAAGAUUCCGACAAGGCUUAUCUAGACAGUGAAUCGUGCUGGAACCUGAGUGAGAGAUUUAUUCCUUUUAACAAUUUAAAAUAUGAAGACUUGAAACACUUUGAAGAGAAUUUGCAAAGCUUGGCGCCCGCAACUUUUACUCCAAUUGAAUCAAAUGAAUCGCUUGACAGGUCAGAUUCGAUGCGUGGCACAAAACGAAGCAUUCGCAAUGAUUCUAGUGAUACUACUUCUGAAAAAAGGCUAUGCUUAAAACAGUACUCAAAUGAAUCUGGAUCGGAUCAUUCAAUGGAAAGUACGCCUUCAAUAUACAUUACCAAAGAACUUCAACAAAAAAUUGAAGUAUUAAGUUCCACAGAUUCGUUUUUAAUUGAAAAAGUAGAUUUUCCCUCUACCAAUAUAAUUGGUUCCAGUACCUCCGAUAAUGAAAGCGAUAACGAAUGCAUAAAUAUGGAUCAAGAAUCAAUAAAUAAUGUUGCCACUGAGAAUGACGAAAACAUGAUCGUAACUGAUUCUAAUAUUAGUACAGUAGGUGCAAUGGAAAAGCCAAUUGAAGUGAGCUCGGCUUUAAAAGAUGAUACAUUGGAUAAGGAUAUAGAUGACGCGAGCAGUAGCUAUUCAGAUGAUGUAGAGACCACGUUUGAGCCAAUUGAAUCUCAAGAACUUUCCGGUUUAUCUGAGACAAGUUCAAGUGAAAGUAGCAAAAUUUAUACUAUCCCAACAUUUCGAGGUAUUACCAAUCAGAUCAAUAUAUCACAAAUUCUUUCAAAGGUUCACAAAGGUGACUUAAGCCAAGAUAACUUAACGCAUUUGAUCAAAAGUCAUAAAAACAAGAAGAGAUGCGUAAACUUCAGAAAUAAAAGAUUUUAUGAUGCUUUCAAUCCAUAUGUUGAUAACGAAGAAGAGGUAGAGCUAUCUGACAGCGAAAACUCUUCAGAAAUGGAUACAGACCUUGGUAUAAACGAUCGGAGUACCUCUAGUGUUCGGUUUGAUGAAAAUUCACGACUUUUAAUUUAUAAGAAAUUUAAAAAGUUAAACAAAGACGGGAGUCAGAGUGGUUAUUCAACUACGGAAACAAGGUCGAUUUUAAAGGCAAAGAUGAAUUUGCAGCAGGAUGAAGAGUCUCAGAGAGCUUCAAAGUGCGACACAGUGGGUGUCGCCCAAUUUUUACACUAUUUUCAGUAUACAGAGUACAAAAGGCAAAGGAAUGAAGCAGAAAAUUAUAGACUGAGGGGAGAACAACUAAGUAAGUACUAUUCUGAGGAGUAUCCUCUGGAUAUUGCGGCUGUUGGAUGCGAGGGUUCCGUUAAUGAUAAAUCUGGGAUCAUAUCAAGUAUGAGAGCUACGGAAAGAAACAUCGGUAGGCAAUUAAAAGGUAUAAGUAGUCAAGGGGCACAAAUUAUAUCGCUUGAUGAGGAUGUCUUUUGA